UAUAAAAACGGAAAUAUAAACUUCCGCAAGGACAAUUUUAAAUAACUAAUAAUUUUAUGUUGAAUUCAUUUCGUGAUAACACAAUCAUUACAAACUCUUGCUGUAAGAAGAGAUAACAAAGAGGUCAAAUGUCUGGAUAUUCUUGGUUUAGUGAGACUAAUCCCCUCCUUAGUCAGGAAAUCAGAAGACGCAAGUUUCAAUCAAAACAAAUUGUGGCAGCCAUCUCGUGUGUGAUUUUGAUUGUAACUUUCACAGUUGUAGCAGUUUAUUUUGGAACAAGAAAUGAUAAAACAGUUGACCCAACUCCUCGGCCACGUCCACGACUUCCUAGUUAUGACCUACAGAAAGAUCAUUCAGAUAUAAUAUCAAUGUUUAGUGGAGCGAGAAAAAGACACUACAAAAAGAUAUGGACAGUUUUAGAUAAAAAGCCGUACCUAAUCAACGUUAUUCCCAUACAUGAAUCGUUCGCGCUUCUUCACUACGCCACACUACAAAAUAAUUCUAUGGCUGUCCACAAACUCGUCAACUAUACGUCAUGUGAUGUAAAGGUAAAGAGUGUUCCGAAUGCUAAGAACAAACACCAAGGAGGACAAAUACCAGAACAGUUGGCACUAAAUAAGAAUAUAAAAAAGUUUCUGCAUAAUUUCACUGAAAAAAUGAUGCAAAAACGAUUCGGAUCAAAACCAGUUUUCUUUACAACAAAAUCAAAGGGAGAGAAAUUUACCAAAUAUGGACCUCCUUUAUUACUAUUAACACUGAGUACCUUCAAGAGAACGUUUUUAGGAGAGGAAAAUAUUAGUCCUACAUUUACAAGUCUUCUCAAUUCCACUUUCCAAAGUACAUCUUAUAACUUAAAUAAUGUGUCCAAUAUAAUACUGGUCAAUCUCUAUGAUUUGGAUAACGGUACUGCAGACUUACUGAAUGUGACGUCAAAGACAGGUUUCUUUGCAAAUAUAGUGAAAUUAUAUACAAGUCGAACGCUAUACGUAAAUGUAAAUAGAGCACUUAAACGCGAAGCCCUGUUCGAUUAUAAAACUUACAGACCUCGAAGCAAUGCACUUCGUUUUGGUCCAUAUGCACUCAUGCUUCAAGCAGUCCUAAUGUACUGGACGGACUUAAAGCCAUACGAUGGAAUGACUUAUCGGGGAUUUAAAGUCAAUAUAACGCAUCCGUAUCACGUGAAAACGACGUUUGUGUAUUUGAAUUUUAUGGUAACAACAAAUAAUGAAACACGCGCUGUAGAAUAUGCUGGGGUACAUGGUAGUAUUUUUGUUAUCAGUAACAACCGUCAUUGCCAGUUACAGCCACGUGACAUAACAAGAUAUUCCUACUACCCAAACGACCGGAAAUAUCUGUAUCCAUCUGGUGCCGAGUUUGUUGUGACCGCUAACGACGGCCGUCAUAUAAACUUAUCUUGUAUUUAAACAUUUUCAAAAGUAUAAAUUCAAACAACAUGUUUGAAUGCAAGUUUUUUUUUUCCUUUUUUUAUGUAAAGGAGAAUUCGUGCUUUGAAAUAUUUCAGUAAAAUAUUAUUUAAACAACAAUUAGUGCUCCCCGAUUAGCACAUUUACCUGCUAUACCGUCCUAUCUUUAACUUCAAAAAUCCUUUUUUACACAAACACCCUACCCCACCCUCUUAUUUCUUUCCACUACCAUCAAAAAUAGGACACUGUACUUGUUUGAUAGAAGAUAAGAUAGGUAUAUACCGUUUCAAAAAAUUGUUAAAGCUAUUUUUGAAUAUCUACUUCUUUAGUCUUUAGAAUCUAGUGAAAUGUAAAAGACAAUGGGUUUUUUUUUCAAGAAAUUAUUUCAACAAACGCAAGGUAAAACUUGUUGAUGUCUUUAGAGAAAAUUGCAUUUUUCAAUCUUAUUCCGAUGCUAUCAUAUCAUUUCAUCUCAAAAUACACCAGUUAGUAAAUUAUUUUGAAAUAAAACCGAUCUAACAUUUCAAGAUCCUUAGUUGAUCGUUUUGAAAUCGUCUACUUCACAUUGUUUUGUUACUAUUCUAUCUCACAAAUAUAAACUGCAGGAUAACGAAGAACGAGCAGAAAAUAGCCCAAGGCCACCAAUAGGUCUUCAACACAGCGUGAAAAUCCCGCACCCGGAGGCGGGCUUCAGUUGGCCCCUAAACAAAAAUGUGUACUUCUUCAUCGAAAAUGGACGUCACAAUAAACUCCGAAACAUAUAAAUGAACCAAAAUUUUAAAAACAUACAAGACUAACAAAGGCCAGAGGCUCCUGACUUUGGACAGGUGCAAAAAUGCGGCGAAAUUAAACAUGUUUUGUGAUAUCUCAACCCUCCCCUAUACCUCUAGCCAAACACACAGCAAUACGCACAGUAAAACUCAGUUUAAAAGAAGUACUCCGAGUUAGAAUAGUUAACAGAAGAAAGUAAGCAAAAGGACAAUGAUACAUUAAUUAACAAAGGACUACUAGCAGUUACUGACAUGCCAGCUCCAGACCUUAAUUAAACUGAUUGUAAGAUUAUGUCUUCAUCAUAUGAAAAUCAAGCACAAUCCCUCCCGUUAGGGGUUUAGUAUCAUACCAUCAUGAAAUAUACGAGAAGAACAUAACCCGUAUCAUGCCAACAAAAAGUCGACUUUUAAAAAUGAAAAAUUAAUAUAUGUUAUACAAAAUACAUAACAAGCAUGGACCAUUGUCAAAUUGAUUUUAAAAUGUAGAGAUUAAAACAAAACAUUAAUAAAAGAUGUGUAGUUAAACAUGGGUGCAAUUUAGAUACUCCCCAUUACAGAAUCGUGGAUCGUUUGGAGGUUGUUUCAAACUCAUUUUUCUAUGAUUCAGAAUGGAUUCAAAAUCAGAUUUGUGGAACUACUAGUAUAUAGUAAUAAGGACACAUCUGCAAAAUAAAUACGUACGGAAUGGAAACUUUUGCAUCUCCCUUAUUUACAAUGUGUUGACAUUGAUAUGGUCAGCUAAAACAGAUUUUUACCAAUUGCGUCAUAAGUGAUGUAUUUGUGACGACUUAAAUGUGGGAGAAUUUCGUGAUUUUUCUGAACAAAUAACAGUGGCGCCACCCUUCGCCCACAAAUAUUUUUGCUGAUAUAUUCUUUAUAUACCAUAUUCUUUAUUUUUCAACUAAAUUUUCAAUGGGCGAAGAUUAGCGCCACAUAAAAAAUUAUGAAAAAAGGUCGAAAAAAUGGACAAAUUUCUAGAAAAAUAGACGAAAAUUCCUAUUUCAGACUAAUAUUAUUUAUAAAUAUGAAGCAGAUAUACUAUUUUUCUUAUUAUACUUUCAAAUAUGAUACAUUUAGCAACAAAUUCAAAUAAGCAUUACUAAAAUAAUUCAAGUUAAAAAAAAAAUUUAAUACAGGGCCGUUUAGAGGGGUUUCUCGCUCUACUCCUAUAUACUCCGCGUAUAUCAUGUUAAAUAUCAUACAACUACUUAGUAAUUUGAAAAGAAACAUUAUGGUUCAAGAUUUGUCUGCUAAAGAAAAGACGAUCAUUAUACCCAAUCCAUUAAUACCAUCACAAGUAAAUAAAUUGAGGUCUUGCAUGAUAAGUCAAUAACACUGAGAAAGGGGGACUCUGGACUAUGUAUAUUAUGUGUGUGUGUGAAUUUUCAUUUAUAUUAUGUACUUAUUUUGUACUUGUCACAAACUUACUGUUUAAAGUUAUAUUACAAAAGCAUGUAAAUUUUAAUUCGAUUAUAAUUUAUUUUUGUACUUUAAAUAAAAUUUCAUUUAGUUUUUCA